GCACGCGCCGUUUCGGUGUCCUCACUUCCACCGGUCUCAAAGGACAAACCGCGUGAAAAAAGCCGAACAGGAUAAGAUGUGGGGUGGUGGCUCAGUUACAAACCUCUGUAUGAUUUUAAACCAGAAGCGCAAGCGCUGAAAUGAAGUUUCACGCCGCUCUCCGUUGAGUUGAGAUGAAGAUCUGAGAGACGCUGCAAGAGAAGGAACUUUGCGUCGCCUUGCACCCGGACGCCCUCCGGGGACAUCGAGAGCUUUUAGAGGACUGGACUUGUCUUUUCUGCAUUUGUGGUUUACUAACUCUCUCUGCAGGGGUAGAAAAUAGUGGGGGUCCUUUGGUGCGGAUUGUUGAAGCCUCUUCGGUUCUUGGAAGGAAUAACUAAUGUAAUGGAAGGGCAAUGAGACCCCUCUCUGCUCGGCAAUAAUCUGGACCACCGCACCAACAGGGUGUGAAAUAGCACCUGCCACCUGCAAAAUGCGACGAGGAUCAAUCCAGUUCGCGAGCUCCUCGUCCAAAUGCAGUAUGCAGGAGCGGGCAGUACAGAGGGCGUGUGCGUGGCUUUUGCUGGUGUUUUUGACCCUUCUGUCUCUCUGGGGUCAUCUGUCUGAUGCCUCCUCACACCGCAGUCACAUCGUGCACGUGAAGGCUGGCACAUGUGAAGUGAUUGCAGCCCAUCGCUGCUGUAACAAAAAUAAGAUUGAGGAGAGAUCACAGACAGUGAAGUGCUCCUGCUUCCCUGGACAGGUUGCUGGGACGACAAGGGCUGCACCUUCCUGCGUGGAUGCGUCUAUAGUAGCUCAGAAGUGGUGGUGUCAGAUGCAUCCAUGUUUGGAUGGUGAAGAGUGUAAAGUUCUGCCCGACCUCACAGGCUGGAGUUGCAGCACAGGCAACAAAGUGAAGACCACCAAGGUGACCCGAUAGUUCUGUCCUCACUUCUGCUGCAGCAUAGGACACAAAUUACUGGGACAAAAGAACUUAAAAUGAAGAAAAUUGGACUAACUAGAAGCAGACUGAGAGACUACAUUGAACUUCAGCUAAGGAUUAAUCAGCAUCACACAUACAGAGAUUAUACACCGUAAAACGACUGAGGAUCAGACUGAUGUCUCUAGACCUGUAUCCACCAUAAACAUUAGGAACAUCCUAAAGUUCAUGCGUCCUCCUCAAUGGACCCCCUGGCCUCCUGGACAUCAGUCUUCUUGGAGUGGAUCUAUAGACACUGGAGUGUGUUGGCUGGGGGGUCUUCAGUGUAUGCAGUUGUUUUGUUUUGUUUGUUUUUUACUGAAGUUUGGAUCAUACAACCCAGGACAACCCUAAUGUAGUUUAAACUGUGGAGUCACCUUCUCUACAGCGACAUCAAUGCUUCUUUUGGUCUCUGACUCUUUCCUCAAUUCUUCUUUUCACAAUUCCAUAAUCAUUCCUGCUCUACCUGAACAGAAGGUCCAAUAAUUUCUUUGCUUUGUGGAAUCUUUUACUUUAAACUGCAUUUAAACAUGACAACUCAAUCUGGACCUUACUGACUCAUCUUCUGUAUAUUGUUUGUUUCUAAACUAAAGCUUUUCAUCCCCACAGUCUGAAGUAACAGAGAUUAGAUGUACCAGUAUAUUCUAGAACAUGUAAAAGUGUAAAAGGUCAAAAUCUUAUUCUCAAAAGAAGCAGAAUAAAGUUUAAAGGUUAUCACUUUUAUUAUCAAUGUUUUUAUCCAGCCUGGUAACUGCUAUUGAGUACAUGUGUCAGUAUUAUAUUCAA